UAUAUAUUAAGAGGUACUACUACUCAACAACAGCAGAAGAAGAAGAAGAAGAAGAAGAAGAUGGUGUGGCCGUACAGGUGGUGUGGAGCAAAGGGGUUCGAUCGUACUGAGUAUGAGAGUGAAAAUGACGAUGAUGGCUAUGUGGGGGUGUACGUGGGAAGGAACAACAUGGAGAUGUGCAAGUUGAAGAUGGAAGCCAAUUUUCUUAACCACCCGCUUUUCGAGGAUCUUCUUCAGUUGUCGGAGGAAGAGUUCGGAUAUUCGUACGAGGGAGCCCUCCGAAUAGCGUGCGAUCUCCAUCUCUUCCAACAUCUUCUUCAUCUUCUCCGAUCCGGCAGUCCCUCCGUCCACUAUCUUCAGCUUCCAGAUCUCAUUUCCAACUUCUAUAACAAUUCUUCUUCUACUACUAUUAUUACUAAAUAAAUAUGAAAUGCAAUGCUACGUUACGUACACCAUCAAUUUAUACUAGAACUAGGUCAUACUCA